AUGGUCCGCCACUGGGGAUGGCUUCCGUUCUGUUCUGUUCUCCUUGCCGCCUGUGGCGCCGCGGCGUACGAGGUCCCGAUUGCCGACACCGACUACGACCGUCAACUUGCAACAGUCAUCUAUGAAUGGGGCGAUGUAGGAUACCUUGGGGUGUGGGAUACAUCGCGGUCAGAGGACUUGCCAAAGAUCUAUGUGUGCACGUCGGACGCCAUGCGCGGCGGUUUCUGCACCUCCUCAGAGCUCGGGAAGUUCAUCAUCAAGCUGGCCGACGGCAAGUCCGUGAACGACACCAGUUUCUGGACUGCACGCGUUGCCUUUUCGCAGGGGAAUAAUACCGGGUCCGAUGGUUCCGAGGUCGCUAUCUCUGGCCUCUGGAACAAUCCUGCCGGCAACCCCACGCCCCCGAAGGAAACUACACUUCGCCAUGGAAGAGACAAAUCGGUCUUCAAAGACCCCAUUCAGUAUCUCGUCCGGAAGACCGGCUACUACUGUGUUGCCACUGUCCCCAUAACUGUUCUCGGUUCGUCACGUUCUCGAGCCGACACCGACGUAAACUACCACCCCGCGUACAACGGCACUGUCUUCUUCCGAAACACCUUCGAUGGGCAGCUUCCAGCGUCCGACUACCCGAAAGUUAACUUCUACUUCGCGAUGUUCCUGCUAUACUGCGUUCUCGCCAUUGGUUGGGGCUGGCUUUGCUACCAAAACGUCCAAGACCUUCUCCCCAUUCAGUACUACCUCUCUGGACUCCUCGGCUUCCUCAUCGUCGAGAUGCUAGGCAAUUGGGCCUACUACCGAUACUUGAAUGCCCACGGCGAAGGGACCACUUCCACGGUGUUCCUCAUAGUUGUUGCAAUUCUCGAUGCUGGUCGCAACGCCCUCUCUUUUUUCCUUCUCUUGGUUGUCUCUCUUGGACUGAGUGUUGUCAAAGAAUCUCUUGGUAGGCUGAUGCUGAGGUGCCAGCUCCUCGCCGGUGCACACUUCGUCUUCGGAGUGCUGUACGCCGUCGGCAUCGUCGAGCUGGAGCUGGAGUCUAGCUCUGCCUUCGUUCUCCUUCUUUUCGUCAUUCCUUUGGCCCUUACUCUCAGCGGCUUCCUUCUCUGGAUCAUCUAUGCUCUCAACGCGACAAUUGCUCAGCUAGCUGCCAGGAAGCAGCACUACAAGCUCUCGAUGUUCGUCUGGCUCCAUCGCAUCCUCUUGCUGACGGUCGUUGUCAUCGCGAUCUUCUUCGUCGUAUCGUCAAUGACAUUCUCUGGGCGUCUCGCCGAAGACUAUGGUUCCAAGUCAUGGAAGUCUCAGUGGUGGCUGCUCGAUGGCUGGCUCUGCCUCCUUUACCUCGUGGACUUCGUUUCUAUCGCCUGGCUGUGGCGCCCCUCGCCCAACAACAGGAGACUGGCCAUGUUCGACGAGCUUGCCCAGGACGAAGAAGACGCCGAAGACUACGAUCUCGAGUCGCUCGAACGCCGCACCGAGGCGCGUGGCUUCCACGAAGAUGACGAUGCGGCGACUCUUGUUGGUCGCGGCGUUGGCGACGACGCUGUCGUCUUCGAGAUUGGUGAUGAGGACGAGCAAGGCGAGGAAGACGAAGCUACACCGAAAAGGCGGCGUGGGGAGCAGCAUGAUGGCAAUGCGCACGAGAGGGAGGGCUUGAUGAAGGACGAUUAG